AUGUUUGGAUUCCAGGACGCCAACCUUCUGAGACAAAUGAAAGAGGAGCCACUUGGAGCCGCACUGCGCACCCAGUGGAACCCCGCGGCGGCAGCAGCCGCUUCGGCCGCAGCAGUUGUAGACAGUUCGCCAGUAAGUGCACAGCUAGCACGGGCUCAUUUCGAGAAGCACCCGCCAAAUAAUUUGCGCAAAAGUAAUUUCUUUCACUUCGUAAUUGCGCUGUAUGAUCGGGCUGGACAACCGGUUGAAAUCGAAAGAACCCAGUUCGCUGAUUUCGUAGAAAAAGAGCGUGAAGUGGAUGGUCAGGAUACACGGAACGGUAUCCACUAUCGCCUCUGGCUCGCCUUUGCUAGUGGGCUACGUGCAGAGCAGGAUUUGUAUGUCCGCCUUAUCGACAGUGUCUCUAAACAGGUUUGCGCUAAUAAUCCAGCAUUUUAG